CGGAUGGGUAACGGCUAACUGGGAAACUCCAUGCGGCACAAAGUAUUUUCUUGACGUUUAACUUCCAACAAAUUCCACAUAAUAAUAAACAAUAAACAACAAAUAUCCAGACCUAUAGAAGAUCUUUUUCCGAACCUCAAUUGGCCCGCAUAGACACUACAUACCUCCGUCCCAUCCUCCUAGGUCCUACCGCAUAAAGAUGUUCGCCAGAUCAGCUUUUCGCGCGGCCCAGCCGCUGAAGCGGAAUCUCCUCUCGCGCACAUACGCUACUGAGCCCGCCAAGAGCGGCUCUUCAAAGACUCUUCUCUACACAUUGGGCGCUGUUGGUGUCGCAGGUGCCGGCUAUUGGUACUAUUCGGGACAGAGUGCCGGUUCGGUCGCGAGUAAGGUCAAGGACGUCGCAAGCAGCUCGCCCAAGAAGGCCUUCCAGGGCGGCGACCAGGGCUUCAUCUCCCUGUUGCUGAAAGACGUCCAGCCCAUCAACCAUAACACCAAGAAAUUCAUUUUCAAGCUGCCCGAGGAUGACCAGGUCUCGGGUCUGACUAUAGCCAGCGCCCUGCUUACCAAGUUCCAGAACGAGGGCCAGAAGCCUGUCGUACGGCCAUACACGCCUACGAGCGAUGAGGAUGCCAAGGGCUACAUCGAGCUAAUCGUGAAGAAGUACCCCAAUGGUCCUAUGUCGACGCAUCUACACGACAUGGUGCCCGGGCAGCGCCUGGACUUCAAGGGCCCGCUACCCAAGUACCCGUGGACCCCGAAUAAGCACGACCACAUCGCGCUGAUCGCCGGUGGCACGGGAAUCACACCCAUGUAUCAGCUGACCCGCGCAAUUUUCAAGAACCCCGACGACAAGACCAAGGUCACGCUUGUCUUCGGCAACAUCUCCGAGGAAGACAUCCUGCUCAAGAACGAGUUCGCAGAGCUCGAGAACACGUAUCCCAACCGCUUCCGCGCCUUCUACGUCCUGGAUAACCCUCCUAAGGAGUGGAAAGGCGCCAAGGGGUAUAUCAACAAGGACCUCCUGAAGACCGUCCUACCUGAGCCCAAGAGCGAGAACAUCAAGAUAUUCGUGUGCGGUCCUCCAGGCCUGUAUAAGGCUAUCUCUGGUACGAAGGUCAGCCCGUCAGAUCAGGGCGAGCUGUCCGGUAUCCUCAAGGAACUGGGUUACUCCAAGGACCAGGUUUACAAGUUCUAAGUUGUUUAGGUUUUUUUGGGCGGCGAGCGCAUAGAAAGCUCGGGUAUAGAACUAAACUAGCCUAAUAUUGGCUUGAGAACGAAGGCGUCGGCGUGUUCGCGCGAUUCCUUUUGUUUCUGCUUUGUGAGAGAAAGAACUCUUGCGGGGAUGAUAGAUUUGUUCCUCUUUCAACCCAUCCGCCUGUAUUUCGUAGCUUAACCUCACAUACGGAGUAUCUCAAAAAACCAAACCCAUACGAC